ACCCCAGGACCUUCCACGGGGAUGUGGCCCUGCUGGAGCUGACGCGCCCGCCGGUGCCCACGCCGUGGGUGAGCCCCGUGUGCCUGCCCGAUGGCCCCCUGGAGCCUGCCCCGGGCACGCCCUGCUACAUCGCUGGCUGGGGCUCCCUCUACGAAGAGGGGCCGGCGGCCGAGGUGGUGAUGGAGGCCCAGGUGCCCUUGCUGAGCCAGGAUGCCUGCCGCGGUGCGCUGGGCCGGGACUUGCUCACCAGCGCCAUGUUCUGCGCCGGGUACUUGUCGGGUGGCAUCGACUCCUGCCAGGGAGACUCCGGGGGGCCCUUGAUGUGCCAGGACCCCGGGGCGCGGCACUUUGUGCUCUACGGGAUUACAUCGUGGGGCGACGGCUGCGGGGAGCGGGGCAAGCCAGGUGUCUACACCCGCGUGGCCGCCUUCGCCAACUGGAUCGCCCGCCAGAUGCAGCAGUCACCUGCCAGCCGUGAGCCCAGCUGCCCAGAGCUGCUGGCCCUGCCCCAUCUGCCCACUGAGCGCCAAGCCCCUGAGCGCGUCCGCCUCUGCUCCUUCUACGCCCGCAGCUGCAGCCCCCCCACGGCCCAGGAGGCCUGUGUCCGUGCCACCCAGGAGGCCUGCCAGACCCGGCAGCAUCGAUGCGAGCUGCGCGCCUACGCCCAGAGACUGCUGGACUUCCUGCGCCGUGCCGAGGAGUUCUUCCAGGCCCGCCUGGACGUCUCCUUCUUCACCCAGGCCCUGCCGCGGGCCCUGGAGCAGCUCUACACCCACCUCUUCCCUACCCAGGUGCACCGGGUGACUGCAGAGCAGGCCUCGGACGCAGCUCGGGGAGGACACGCUGGCCCCAUGAAGCAGGCAGCAGGAGGGAUUCAGAGCCCCACACGCAGGUACAGUUAUGGGGGCUUGUGCGGCCACCAGGCACUCGCAGCCCCCAAUGUCACAACGGCCAAGGGCAAGAUUGUGGGUGGCAGCGUGGCACCCCGCGGGGCCUGGCCUUGGCUGGUGUCCGUGCGGCUGGACGGGGAGCUGAUGUGCGGGGGGGUGCUGGUGGCACCCACCUGGGUCCUCACGGCCGCCCACUGCUUCACCGGGAACCGGAACGAGUUGGCCUGGACAGUGGUGGUGGGUGACUACGACCUGGGCAAGCAGGACGAGGGCGAGCAGGAGCUGCCCGUCAGCCGCAUCAUCACCCACCCCAAGGUAAAUCCCCCCUCCUUCCCCGUGUGCCUGCCCGAUGGCCCCCUGGAGCCUGCCCCGGGCACGCCCUGCUACAUCGCUGGCUGGGGCUCCCUCUACGAAGAGGGGCCGGCGGCCGAGGUGGUGAUGGAGGCCCAGGUGCCCUUGCUGAGCCAGGAUGCCUGCCGCGGUGCGCUGGGCCGGGACUUGCUCACCAGCGCCAUGUUCUGCGCCGGGUACUUGUCGGGUGGCAUCGACUCCUGCCAGGGAGACUCCGGGGGGCCCUUGAUGUGCCAGGACCCCGGGGCGCGGCACUUUGUGCUCUACGGGAUUACAUCGUGGGGCGACGGCUGCGGGGAGCGGGGCAAGCCAGGUGUCUACACCCGCGUGGCCGCCUUCGCCAACUGGAUCGCCCGCCAGAUGCAGCAGUCACCUGCCAGCCGUGAGCCCAGCUGCCCAGAGCUGCUGGCCCUGCCCCAUCUGCCCACUGAGCGCCAAGCCCCUGAGCGCGUCCGCCUCUGCUCCUUCUACGCCCGCAGCUGCAGCCCCCCCACGGCCCAGGAGGCCUGUGUCCGUGCCACCCAGGAGGCCUGCCAGACCCGGCAGCAUCGAUGCGAGCUGCGCGCCUACGCCCAGAGACUGCUGGACUUCCUGCGCCGUGCCGAGGAGUUCUUCCAGGCCCGCCUGGACGUCUCCUUCUUCACCCAGGCCCUGCCGCGGGCCCUGGAGCAGCUCUACACCCACCUCUUCCCUACCCAGGUGCACCGGGUGACUGCAGAGCAGGCCUCGGACGCAGCUCGGGGAGGACACGCUGGCCCCAUGAAGCAGGCAGCAGGAGGGAUUCAGAGCCCCACACGCAGGGCCAGGCAGCCCCAGGCCCCCAGCCCCAGGCCCCAGCCCCGGGGGCUCCAGCUAGAGGACCAGGUGCAGGAGCUCGGCACUGCAGAGCCAGAGCCGGAGUUGGAGCCACCGCACAGGGAGGAGCAGCUCUUCCUGCAGGGUGAGGAGCUGCAGGAACGUGGUCGGAGCUCCCUUCGGCAGCUGUGGGCCACGCUGGGCUCUCAGACCUCCCCCCCGGGCACUGCAGAGCCCACCAGUGCCCCUGCCCCAAACCGAUCUGCAGCCCCGGGGGGCCGCCCCACAAGGGAGAAGCGAGAGCUCCAGGGUGACGUCGCAGGGGACGAGGCAGCGGGCGACGGCCGAGGCUGCCUGGGGCUGGCUGAGGCGGCGCGGCGCAUCCAGGCCGUGCGGGAGCUGUACCGCUGGGUGCUGCAGGUGCCAGACGGGGACCUGGCCAUGACCUUCCAGGAGAUCCUGGUGGACCUGGGCUCCAAGAACGCCAAGGGGCUGUGCAGGGCGCAGGUCCGGGCCACGGUCGGUGGCAGGGCCAUGGCCUUCCCCGGCCUCGUGGGGCUGGACAGUGACUUGCUGCACCGCAGCAUGCCAGGCCUGGUGGCCGCCGCGCUGGAGACCUUGAAAACCUAACAGGGAUCCUGGGGCUGGGCGUUGCCCCCUGCCCCACUGGCUCCGGGGCAGGAUGAGGCCAGGCAGGGGGUGUCCCCUGGAGAUGGAGAACCCAACGGGCUGAGGCUGGGCCAGCCAGGACUGGACCCUCCAGCCAGGCACACUGUGCACAGUCUGCCACCGUCCAGCCCACCUACCCCGGCAGCAAGGCGAAGGCGUGGGGAGGGUGCAGGGGGCACGGGGAGAGCACAAGUAGCCAUGGCAAGCCCCUUGGGGCAAACACUGCCUUGGCCCCCGGGUGGGGCAGGCCUGGGCGGUGCACCCCAGGACCGAGGACCCGCCCGGCGCUGGCUCCUGGCUUGUCAGCAGCCUCCCUGUAGCCCCGGUUGCCCCACGCCCCAUCAUCAGAGGAAGCAGGUGACUCUGCUGGCUGACAGAGGCCCCGUCCCCUCACUUCCCCGCAGGCUUUGGGACCAGGCUCCCGUGCACUCCCCGCCUUGCAGGGCCAGGAGGCCAAGCACAGCACAGACCCCAGCUCCCUGUGCCCGCACUGCCCUGGCGCCAGGCCCGGGCAUGGGGACAGACCGCGCUCCCACUGUCUGCAAGCCCUGGGCUCCUCUCCUCAGGCUUGCCUCCCUGCCUGGCCUUGGCUACAGCCCUUCUGCUGCUCUGCCUCAGUUUCCCCAUCUGUAAAAGGGCCCCAGAUCUGCCUCCUAGGGGGCAGGGCAGCUGGCUCCACCUCCACAUGCUGAGGGCAGGAGUGGGGCCGCUAGGACAGCUCAUCCCUCCGCAGAGUCUCCCUCGGCCGACACAUAGGGCCUAUUUAUUUGUACAGAGAACAGUUUAUUUUUA